GGGCCAGAAAWGAAGUCGAUGUUCCUUUUCGUCACAUCUUAUUUCCUUCUUAACUCGUUUGCCUUGGCCACCAUCAGAGAAGAAAGCCGCAGAUUAGCUAAAUUUCACCCUGAGAAAGGUAAAGUGCUAUCGGGUCACGUGAUAUCAAGUCAUCACGUGGUGUCGCCAGUUGAUUGUAGUUUUCUAUGUACAAGCAAUGCCCAGUGCUUGUCGUACAACUACAAACCAAAAGGGGCUGGUGACAAGGAUGUCUGUGAGCUGAACAACGCUACCAGAAAAUCCAACGCAGGAUCUUAUCAGGACGAUGCUCUGUACAUCCACUACUAUGAUGCACAAACAGAGGAUGCCAAGUCUUGUCUUGAUUACCUUCGAAUUGGAGCCACUGAAGAUGGUAUCUACACCAUUACACGCACCGAUAAUGGUAGAGAAAUUACAGUCUGGUGUGACCUCAGCUCAGAGCCUGGAUCUGCAUGGACUCUCAUCCUCUCGUAUGCCCACAAGAACAGACAGGACAAUGUAUUCUGUACGGCUUCUUUUACCAGAGACAAAAGAAGGCAGCUAAAUAAUCCAAACUGGGAAAACUAUCGUCUAUCUUUUGAUCGGAUGAAAUCCAUUUCAGACCAAUCAACACAUGUCAGAGUGACGUCAAGUUUUCCUGUUCAUGGUGUCGAUUAUCGAGACUACUUGAGAGCAAAGAUUUCAAGUAUAGACAUCUUGAGUUUUGAUGGGGCUGGAGUCUGUAAGACUGUAGAAUACAUUGACAUCCGAGGCAUCAAGGGAAAAGAUAUCACAGUGCCAUUCUGGCAAAUGCAUGAUCAAUUUUUUCACACCGACAGUUCUGGGAGACAUUGCCAGUAUGAUGCCACCAGUGGAUCAGUAAACGAUGAAAAUAAUUUUGGCACAACGUGCCUUGAAUUUAACCCAGCGACUCGAGGAAGCGCGAAUGACGACAGUACGAUUCAAUACUGGUUUGGUGGAUAUUUAUAAUUUACGGGAUUUCAUUUCCCAGAACGCCUGCAUGAAAAAACGAAGUACAAACUAUUUACUAUAAUGCAUCUUGGUUAUCACUAUAUAAAAAUGUCAGCCGGGUUAUUUUCGCCAUGCAUUUUGAACAU